CUUAUAUUUACUUGCCGCCUGGGGUUCGAGACCCGGGGUUCGAGAACGACAUCAACCCAUGAGGCCCCAAAAAUCUCGAAAUCCCCGGGAAUAAAGAGUCGCACUGGAGGAAACUAGUCUUUAGCAGUUCUUCAAAAAGGAGGAAAUAAUAUUCAAGAAAAAAUUCCAAACUUUUAUCGGCGCUGAUUUUCAUGUAAAACAGUGCAUUUAAAUGAAGGGCUCCAACUGCAUGAUUGGUCGACGCAUAGAAAGUGAUGGGCACUUUGGAACUGUGUGUUUUCAUGGGGAGGUACCGCCUACAAAAGGAGUAUGGUUAGGCAUAGAGUGGGAUGAUCAAGAGAGAGGAAAACAUAAUGGGACACAUGAAGGAAGACACUAUUUCAAUACAAAACAUCCAACAUCAGGAUCAUUUCUGCGGGAGAAGAAAGCCAAUUUUGGAGUUAGCUUAUUUGAGGCUGUUAAAGAACGCUACGGGAGAAUUGAAGAUGAGAGUGCAGGAAUCAUUGAGGAAGAGAUGUUUGUCAAAGGGGAGGGAAAUCAAGUGACGACUGUUGAAGUGGUAGGCGCCCAAUCCAUUAACCUCAAACAAAGCAAGCUAAAUCUAUUAAAAGAAGUGUCAAUACGUGAUAUGUAUGUCUUUGGAACAAGAGACACACAAGAUCUUUCACACUUACUCACAAAUAUUAGAGAGCUGGAUAUCUCGAAAAAUCUAAUUCCAUCCUGGGAGGAAGUUGCCAAAAUAGCCGCUCAGUUACACCAUCUCACUUCUUUAAAUGUCAGUGAAAACUUCCUUGAGGUGUGUCAAAAUCCAGAAAACUUGCAGUCAUCGUUUACCUCAUUACGCCAUCUAUACAUCAACCGAAUGAACUACACUUGGGAGCAGGUUCUCCGCUGUGUACCAAUGUUCCCAAGGCUUUCCUCCCUACAUGCAUGCUUUAAUGCUAUCACGACAAUCACCAUUCCUCCCCCUGAAUAUUUCACUGAUCUCGAGAUGCUCAACCUCGAAGGUAAUAAACUCUAUAGCUGGGAUGAUGUUCUUAACUUUGGACAUUUAAAAAAGUUGAACUCCCUCAUUGUGAGCGAUACAGGAAUAUCCUGUUUAAAGUUUCCUGGUCGCUAUAGUGAUAAAACUGAUGCGUUUCCUGGGUUACAAUCACUGUACAUCAACAGAAACAACAUAACAGAGUGGAGUAAUAUAAAUGAACUAAACAGACUUCAAAAACUUGAGGAGAUCAAAAUUCAGUUUAAUCCUUUGAUGUCAACAUUCAACCCUGAGACAGUGUAUGAAUUGUUUGUUGCCAAAAUUGAAAACCUAAAAGUUUUCAAUAGAUCAACCGUAACGUAUGGUGAUAGGAAAGGAGCAGAGAUUGACUAUCUGAAGAUGUAUGGUAAAAUAUGGUUACAUUCAGGAGGGAACCAGGACCCAAGUAAAUGUAAACCAACUGAAGAAUUCAAUCAGGAGCACCCAAGAUAUGCUGCCCUUGUCUCUGCGUAUGGUCCUCCUGAAGACUCAGAACUUGUAGUGAAGGAAAGGAACUUGAAAUCCACUUUGAUACCUGUGUUUAUAGAUAGCCCUAAUGUGCCGGACAGGAAACCAAUAUCUAAAAAAUUACCAGCUACUAUGACAGUUCAGAAGCUGCGUGCCCUUGUUCAAAGACUGUACAAAAUCCACUCGUCAGAUAUCACACUCACUUAUUCAAGUCAAGAGGUGCCAGGCAUAGAGAUUGAUAUUGACAAUGACCAGAGACAGUUAUCAUUCUUCUCAAUAGAAGAGGGGGACACAAUCAAUGUGAAAUGGUGACAAAAUAGUGACAUUGCUAAAUUUAUAUCAGAUUGUAACAAGAAAUUGUAACAAUGGUUAAUUUAUCAUUGAACAAGGACAAGACAUGGUGACAGAGAUGAACUAUUUCCAUGAUUUAUUAAUAUUAUUAUUAUUAAUUUAUCAUAUGCAGUAGAAAAUUGUCAGAUUUUGACAAGUAUAUCAUAUUGAAACAAAGAGUGUAAUAGUGACAUGAGAUUGAAAUAUCCAAAGUAAUAAAAAAACAAGUGAUUAAACAAAUUGUAUGGUAUCAAUAAAGUUAUA